AGAACGUACCUACGUGUUACUUCUUAUCAUUAUUGUUUCGAUUGGUCAUGCUUUUGGACGAAGCGAUCCCAAGGAUCAUGAUGACAAAUCUACAACACACAUUGCAUUCUCGGAUCUUGACGGCACUGGUCCUUAUAGCGUCUAUGCCGAUUUCAGAAUAUUAUUAGUAUUGGUAAGUCUUAUAGGACUUGGAGGCUUUGCACCACGUUUUAUGACAGAGCAAUUCAUAGCAGCACCACAGAAAUCAGAACCUAAGACAUUUAGUACAAUGAUAUGGUCUGUCAAAUUUAUGCAUGAUAAUAAUGGUUGGUCAACGUUUGAUAGAGCUGCUACAGUAAUCAAUAAUACAGAAGCUGAUGUAAUUUCAUUUCUUGAGAGUGAUGCGUCAAAACCGUUUUUGGGAAACAAUGACAUCACAAUGUGGAUGUCUGAAAAACUUGGAAUGUACAGUGAUUUUGGACCAUCCACAGCUUCACACACAUGGGGAAAUAAUUUGAUGUCGAAGUACAAAAUUGUGAAAGCAGUACAUCAUUUGUUGCCCUCUCCCGAUGGGCAAGUAGGACCAGCAAUCCAUGCAACUCUCAACAUAUCGGGGACUAUGGUAGACAUUGUUACAGCUCGCAAUGGCAAUUAUCG